AUGGCGACCCCUCCGUCAAUUACGGUCGAAACGGUGGACACGGUCCAACCGUCGUGGUCUAACCGGAAGUCGGACUACGAGCUGAAGGACCUGAUAGGUAUCGGCGCCACAGCGUCCGUCUAUUCAGCAGUCUAUCUGCCGAGGAACGAAAAGAUCGCGAUCAAGCGAAUCAACCUUGAAAAGUGCAACACCAGCAUGGAUGAACUUCUGCACGAAAUACAAGCCAUGAGUCAGUGCAAUCACGAGAACGUGGUUAACUACUACACGUCAUUCGUUGUCGACGAAGAACUGUGGGUAGUCAUGAAGUUGUUGUCCAGAGGUACGAGUAGCUUGGACCGUAUGUGUGUCGUACCAUCGCCAUUCAUUGAACUUAACUUGUAG